UAGGACAUUGACAACAUAUUACAACCCUCAAUAGAACUCUGGGUCCUAAUUUUUCAUUAUGGAUAUGAACACAAUGUAUGAUGAGCAAAAGACAGAGUUCUUCUUCUCUCUCAUGUCGGAUUUUCUGGAGUAUGUCAAGACAAGACUUUUACCUUCUUUAUGUGCGAUUUUGUAUUUUUGGGGUGGGAGGAAUGAUAUUACAGCUACUUUGGGUAGCUCUUCUGUUUCACCCCCCUCUCAAAAUUGGACCCACGCCCACCACCUCGCUCGCACCUUCGUCAACCAAUUAAAUAUUACCGAAAAAUCCAACAUAGUAACAGGCACCUUCAACGCCUCUACUCUCGAUGGCGAACCCAUGUACUGUAUCGGCAACAUCAGUCCCAUCCCGCGUCUCAAUUUCACCGGCAUUUGUUUGAACGAUGGGCCCGCAGCUGUUGCUCGUCAGGAUCUCAUCAGUGUUUUUCCUUCCGGUGUCACUUUAGCUGCGACAUGGGAUCGUGACUUGGUAUACCAAAGUUACAAGGCGCUGGGGCAGGAAUUUAGAGGGAAGGGUACGCAUGUUGCUUUGGGACCAGUAGCAGGACCCCUCGGUCGUCAUCCUCUCGGAGGUCGCAAUUGGGAAGGAUUCUCACCUGAUCCCUAUCUCACCGGUCAUCUAAUGACCGCUUCCAUAACUGGCAUGCAAAGUGUCGGCGUUCAAACCUCCUCUAAACAUUUCAUUGGCAACGAACAAGAAACUCAACGAACCAACUCCCAGCUUCCAGACGGAACAAACAUCGAUGCUAUUUCUUCAAAUAUCGAUGAUCGAACCCUUCAUGAAUUAUAUCUCUGGCCCUUUGCAGAUGCAGUACGGGCUGGUACAACUUCAAUAAUGUGUAGCUAUAACCGCAUCAAUGGAACUUACGCGUGUGAAAAUACACAUCUACUCAACGAUAUCCUGAAAGGUGAAUUGGGAUUCCAAGGCUAUGUCGUCUCAGAUUGGUUCGCCACACAAUCCGGAUAUCCUGCCGCAAACGCCGGUCUAGAUAUGGAUAUGCCCGGGUAUGUUUCCCAAAGCGCCAUAUACACCGGUGAAACUUAUUUCGGUCCUCAUCUCAUCUCCGCCAUCCAAGCGGGCAAUAUGACAGAAGAUAGAUUAGACGAUAUGGCUACCCGAAUCAUGACACCUUAUUUCCUUUUCAAUCAAUACAGUGAUUACCCCACUCCAGAUCCAAGUCAAACGUACGUAUUGGCAAACAUGUACGGCUUCGAUUUAGGCGCCCAAAUUCCCGCCCGAGACGUCCGCACUAAUCACUCAUCUCUCAUCCGACAAAUUGGCUCUGCAGGAAUCGUCCUUUUAAAGAAUGUAAACAAUAUCCUCCCAUUAUCCAAACCCCUAAACAUAGGCGUCUUCGGCAGCUCCGCUCCCGAUCCUACCGACGGCCUUACCUGGCCACAAUCAGACCCUUGCACCGGCUUCGUCAUCGGCACCCUCGAUAUCGGUGGUGGAUCCGGCUCCGCUCGUCACACCAACCUUGUAUCCCCUCUAACCGCCCUCCGAAACCGCGCCGCUACAUACGGCGCACGCAUCCAAUAUCUCACCAACAACGCACUCCUCUCCACCUCCUCAUUCGCGAGCAUCUACCCUACCCCAGAAAUAUGUCUCGUCUUCCUCAAAACUUUCUCUUCAGAAGGUGUCGACCGAACUUCCUACCCCCUAGACUGGAACUCCACCCUCGUCGUAAACAACGUCGCAUCUUUCUGCAAAGGCAACACCAUCGUCAUCACUCACUCCUCCGGAAUAAAUACUCUCCCCUUUGCUCAAAAUCCCAAUGUCUCCGCAAUCCUCCUCGCCCAUUAUCCCGGCGAAGAAUCCGGAAACUCAAUCGUCGACAUUCUUUUUGGGGACGUCAACCCCUCCGGAAAACUCCCCUACACAAUCCCCAUCCACGAAACAGACAUGCACAUCCCCAUUGUAAAUCUCAGCGUCUCCGAAGUCCAAGCCCAGGGGCAAAACGCCUGGCAAAGUAAUUUCACCGAAGGACAAGCAAUCGAUUACCGAGGUUUCGAAAUGAAAAAUGUAACCCCUCUCUACGAAUUCGGAUACGGAUUAAGCUACACCACUUUUAAUCUCACUUCUUCUCCCUCCAUUCAAAGCCUCACAAACCAAUCCGUUACCGCGCGUCCGGAUCCCCUCGCCUCUAUCCUUCCAGGUGGAAACACAGAUCUGUAUACUCCCCUCUUCACCCUCACUACCAGCGUCAAAAAUACAGGAACUCGAUCCGGCGCCACAAUUCUCCAAUUGUAUAUUUCUCUCCCGGAAAAAAAUACUCCUGAAGGAACACCGAAGAAAGUUCUGCGCGGGUUUGAAAAGGUAGAGAUGGAAAGGGGAGGGGAGAAAGAAGUAGUGUUUGUGGUGCAGAGGAGAGAUGUGAGUUAUUGGGAUACGGAAUUGGGGGAUUGGGUUGUGCCGGAUGGGGAGAUAGGGGUUGCGGUUGGGUUUAGUGUGCAGGAUUUGAGAGCGAGGGUGGGGGUUGUGGUUAGAUAG